UCUUAUUUUAUCGUUUUUAUAGAUUUUUUGUGUUUUUAAUUGUGGGAACUUUAAAAUGAUUUCUGAAAUAAUCAGUCAUGGUCUAUUUUAAUUGUGGGAUUGGUGGGAGAAAUGUACAGUUAUGUCCAACCAAGGAGAGGGGAGUGGAUGUUCUGCUUGUUUCUUGGAAUCAUUUGGAUUCAGAAGGAAACUGUACAGUGGUGAGUCACUAUGGAGAAAGUGAGUUUAGAUAGGGCUACAAGUGUCAAUUUAGAAGGUAGAAGGAAAAAGCCCAGCUUUAUCAACAGGUGGAAGAGCUUCAGGUCGAAAACUCUACCGGCAAAGGAAAUUGAAUUCAAAGAUGCCGCUGAAGAAGUGUUCAGUGAGAACAUGGAGGAUGAAUUGAGCGUGAGGAUAUGCAAAGAUACAGUCAGGCAGAUGUUACUCGACUCUAUGCGGUCGUCAUCCGGUGAUAUCAGAAUAAUGUUAGAAAUUGAAAAUGGAAAUGAGCCAGAUUUAAGCAAGCUGACGCAAAAGGAGUUAAAUAUCUUCUUACUUUGGAUUUGUUUUAUAAAAAGGGAUGACAUCCUGCUAAAACUUUGUCAUAUCUAUCCAAAUAUUAAUUUGAAUUUUGUCACUGAUAGUUUUGGACCUUUACAUUUGAGUUCUUUCAGUGGGGGUGUCAAAUGUAUGGAAUUAUUGAUAUCCAGAGGUGUUGAUACAAAUGUUCAAGCCAAUAACCAAACAGCUCUCCAUUUUGCAACAAUAGGAGGUUCAACAGAAGCUGUGAAACUUUUACUUUCGAAAAAUUGUAAAAUUUUUGAUACUGUCUUGCACUCUGCUGUACGUGCUAAUUCAUUAGAGUGCCUUCGAAUACUUUUACGCAAAGGUAUUAACCCAAACACGUGUGAUAUGUAUGGUCUCACUCCUCUACACAUUGCAUCAGACCGGGGAAAUCUACAUAUAAUGAAACUGCUCUUAGAUUCACCAAAUGUAGACGUCAAUGCUGGCACGUUAGAGAAAGGCAACACAGCAUUACACUUCGCUGCAGAAGGGGGCAAUCGAGAGUGUGUUCUAUUGCUGCUUAGCAAAGGAGCUGAUUUAAAGAGAAAAAACAGAAAAGGUCAAGUGCCGCUGCAUGCUGCAACACGUUCACAGAGCACAGAAUGUGUAGAGGCUCUUUUAAAAUCCGGAUCUAAUAUUUGUGAGAACGACAAUGAAAACAGGACACCUUUGCACACCGCUGUUGGAAAGGCUCUACACGCUUAUAAUAUUGUAGAAGUAUUGAUAAAAUGGGGUGCAGAUGUUAAUUUACGAGAUAAAUACGGCUAUACGCCUCUGCACAUUGCUGCAGUUAAUGAAUUAAGACAUUGUGUUGAUCUUUUAAUUAUGAAUGGAGCUGAUGUAAGCGCAAGGACAAAAGGCGGGCUCACAGCUCUAAGUAUUGUACGGAGAAAAACACCAGCAUCACUUGUUGCCAUCAGUAGACGAUUAGACACAUCAAUUUCUCUACACGAUCCUGAACAGUCAUUUCGGGAGGUCGAAUUGAAAUUGGACUUCAGAGCACUUCUUCAGCAUUCUUCAGGAGGUGAAGUAGGACUUUUAAAAACUUUAAUUGAUGAAGGUCAAAAAAAUAUGUUAGAUCAUCCUUUGUGUUGUGCCUUUUUACACUUGAAGUGGCAAAAAAUCAGACGGUUUUAUUUUUCUCGCUUAUUAUUAACUAGUGUUUUUGUAUUGUUUUUGACUCUUUAUGUUAUAACGACAUUGGCGCAUAACUGUUACAAUUCAGCAAAAUAUAACUUGACAUCUGAACGAGAGCUUUGUGUUCAGAACUCAGCGGUGGGCAAUAUGUUGUUAAAUAACCCAGUAUUGAUGGAAAUUAUCUGGUAUAUAUUGGUAUUUUUUACAUUUUGUGAAAUAGCGAGGAAAGUUUUUGGACUGGCUGGAUACACCUCAGCUGGGCAAUAUUUUGAGCAGUGGGCAAAUAUUAUUGAGUGGUUUAAUAUUUGCAGUGUAUUUAUUAUUUCUUUUGUAUACGAGGGAAGAACCUACGUAUGGCAGAACCACGUUGGAGCAUUUGCCGUAUUAUGCGGUUGGACCAAUCUCAUGGUUAUCAUAGGACAACUUCCAGUCUUUGGCACUUAUGUUGAAAUGUUUACUAAAGUCCAAAAAGAGUUUGCAAAACUUUUUCUCGCAUAUGCCUGUCUGUUAAUCGGUUUUACAAUAAGCUUUUGUGUUAUCUUUCCAACAUCAGAUGCUUUCAAAAAUCCACUUAUAGGAUUUGUUAAAGUGUUAGUCAUGAUGACAGGUGAAUUAGAUGUAGAUUUACUAUUGGGUUCGGAAGACAAAGACUCAAUUCUUCUGAGUAUAAGUGCUCAUAUAACAUUUGUACUGUUUCUGUUAUUUGUAACCGUCGUUCUGAUGAAUUUGCUAAUAGGCAUUGCUGUACACGAUAUCCAAGGACUGUCCAAAACUGCCGGUCUAUCAAAACUAGUAAGGCAAACAGAAUUGAUUUCUUUCCUCGAACUGUCAUUAUUCCAAGGGUACCUUCCGAAACAGAUCAAAAACAUAUUAAAAUGGUCUGCACUCAUGUCUCCUGCAGCAUAUCGUGUGGUUUUGCACGUCAAACCUCUUAAUCCUCGAGAAAAACGACUUCCAAAAAGCAUAAUGGUAGAAGCCCAUGAAAUAGCAAGAAAGGCGAAGAAUUGCUAUGCACAAAAUUGCGUUGAAGAAAAGCACAAUGACAUGGCGAUGUUAAAUCAAAGGAUGGACAAAAUUGAGGAACUUUUAAAAAAACAGCAUUCUAUUCUUGAGAUGAUUUUAAAGAUGGAAAAAAGGAUGAACAAUGAAAUGUCAAACAUACUGAAAGAUUGACUUCAAUUACAUUCUGAACAGAUUUUUUUCAGCCUUGUUAAACAUUUUAUUUCCUCUUGAGCUAUCUGGGCUAAGAACGUCCGUAGAUAUAAAAGCCUCUGUACAAAGUGGAGGAGAGUCUGGACAAGCGGGUGC